CAGUAGUGACGUUUGGUUACUCAAAGGCCGCUUGGCGUCCCAAAGACAAAUCGUUUGGGGUCCCAAAGGGCGCCUGCCGCAUCGAGGAGACGCAGAGCAGGGCGAAGAGGGCGCCCGAGCUUGAUCUCAUGUCUGACGUUUCUACACCUGGUGGCCUACAACUGUUAACAGCUUUGAAUGAAAAGGAGAUGCUGACCACCAUCAACUUAUUUGAACUAUUAUACAGGCUGAAAAGAUUUGAUUUGUUAAAGAAGUUCCUGGGGACUGGAAGAGCAGCCGUGGAAGCCAGUUUGGCCAAGCACCCUCAGAUGUUGUCAAAAUACAGAGUUUUCUGGCAAUUAUUACUGACCUGGAGAAGCUAGAUCUGAUAUCUCCCAUGCAUUUGGAUUUAAUAGAAAAUUGCUUCCUGACUAUUCACAGGAGAGACUUGGCAAAAAAGAUUCAGAAGUACAAACUAGAAGAGAUUUUAGCUUUUCAGAAAAUAUUUCUUCAUGGCUGACAACGAGAAUGUGAUAUUUCGCCAGCAGCUACUAUCAAUUGAUGAAAACUUAGGGAAGGAAGAUGUAGAAGACCUGAAAUUUCUCUGUUCUGAUUUCAUCUCAUUAAAGAAGCUAGAAACUGUGAAAUCAGCCCAGGAUAUUUUCCAAUUUCUCAUCAAUGAGGACUUAAUUAAUAAGGAUGAUACUUUUCUCAUAGCAGAGCUUCUCUACAUUAUUAGGUGUAACUUUCUGCUCCAGAAACUUGAUUAUACUAAAGAGAUUGUUCAAGAAGAACUGCCUAACAGAGGAAAGGUAUCUGGUUAUCGACAGUUGCUGUUUGAAAUAGCAGAAGAGCUCACAAAGGAUAACGUAAAGGAUGCUGCCUUUCUUCUGAAGGCCGACCUCCCAAAGAAGCAACCCAUUAUGUCGGCUUUGGAGUUGCUGACUUCCCUGGAGAAGAAAGACCUUCUACAGGAGUCUGACCUGCGUAUUCUUGAAUAUAUCUGCCAGAAAACAGCACCUCAUCUCCUGAGGAAAAUAGAGAUAUACAAACAAAUAAAAGUGCCUCAUCAAGAAAACAAAGAAACUGUUCCCUCUUCUGUUUGUGCCUUUAACAUGCCAGUUUCGGGAAACACUUCUCUCCAGGACAUUGUUCCACCAAGGAAUCAUGAACAUCUUUACAAUGAAAUGUUUGGGAGCCUAGAAGAGCACGUUGGAAUUGUUUAUUCUUUAGCUGAAAAUCCAGAUCUCAAAGCAGAACCUGUUCUUAAUUUCUUGGGACAGGGAUUGCAACAAACUGUCAGGAAGACUGAUGUGAGUGCUGCAGCAGUGACAUUGAAACAGUAUAAAAUGGAUGGGCAGUACAGAGGAUAUUGUCUUAUUAUUAACAAUGUCAACUUUGAAGGUAACCUCAGAAAAAGGAAGGGAUCUGAGAAAGAUGCCAUGGAGCUGAAACGUGUAUUCACCUGGCUUGGAUUCAAAGUGAAAAAGUAUGACGACCAGACUUCCACAGAAAUUGGAAAACUUUUGCAGUUCUGGCAAUUUUCUGAGGACUGGAAAGACAGUGAUUGUCUGGUAUGCUGCAUUCUAUCUCAUGGAAAAUCUGGGAAAAUUUUUGGGACAGAUGAAUGUCUGAUUCCAAUCCGUACCAUUACCUCAUACUUCAAAGCCAACAACUGCCCAUUGUUGGCUCAGAAACCUAAGCUCUUCUUCAUCCAGGCAUGUCAGGGUGAAAAGUCACAGCAGCCAGUCUUCCUCCAAGAUGAUGGCUCAUUUGAACCAGAUGCACAGAGUUCAGGAUUUGUGUCUUCCCAGCAUCUCACCUCAAGUAUUCCAGAUGAAGCAGAUUUCCUGCUUGGCAUGGCCACCGUAGAUGGCUAUCUCUCUUUCCGACAUGUCCAUGAAGGGACUUGGUACAUUCAGGCUCUUUGCAGCAAGUUGCAGCUCCUGGUGCCAAGAGGUGAAGAUAUAUUAUCCAUUCUUACAGAAGUGAAUGAAGAAGUGAGCAAACGUGCCGAUGCUCAGCAAGAGAGGAAACAAAUGCCCCAACCAGCUUACACUCUCAGGAAAAAAUUGAUCUUCCCUGUUCCUAAAGAACCUUUUGCACCAUCAGAACAGAGUUCAGACAUGCAAUAAUUUAGAUUGCUGGGGACUUAGAGAGAGAAGAGUGGUGAAUUCAAAAAGAAUUCUUCUCUCUUGUGUUCAUUAAUUCUUUGUUGUGCUUUGAAUAGGAGUACCCGUUGUCUUCUCAAAGCUGUUUGAUGUUUAAGAAGAUGAAGAGGCAGGCACUGUCCCCAUCUGCCACUCAUUGCAUAUGUCAAAAAUGAUUUGAAUGGUCAGCACAUUUCUUGAGUGAGCCUCCUUUUCUAGAGCUGAAGGGUAUCAGAUGUGGUCUAACUAGGUUUGCUUGAUGACAAUCAUUGAUCCUCAGGGGUAUAUCUCCAAACCCAGCAGCAAUUUUUGUGGGUUAAACAGAGUGAUCUUUUUUUUAAUACAACCACAUUUGCAAUAAAUAAAUUAAUAUGCCCUUCAGCUAUUAAAUACAGUGGAUACUCUGCUAUAUUUAUUUAAUGCUUAUUGAGGCAGAGAAGAUGCAGCUUGCAGAACUGCUGCCUUAUGUUAAGAAAUCUUGAUUGUAGAGCUUGCCUAAAUUCCAACUCUCUUGCAAGAAGGUAAUGAAAGCCAGAACAAAAUCCACAUAAAAGACAGAAUCUGGUAGCACCAUUUCCCCUGUUCAAUGGGAGAAUGUUUCCCCUAAUCCACAGAGUGCGUGUGGACAAUGCAUCGUAAAUGUACAAUUGUAAAUUGAACAUCUGAACAGUUGCAUUACAGUGAGGAGAAGGAAAGUGAAAUGAUAAAUUACAAAGUGUUUUUAAAGUAUUGAGAUAAGACUUCAGUAAAGAAAUAAUGAUAAAUAUACA